CUCCUAACACUCGACCUCAACAAUAGCGACGCAUUGAGCCGCUAAUAUUCUUAGCUAUAUAAUCCUCGUCUGCGAGCUGAAUAGCUCUUCUCGACGUCUCUAUCGUUGCUCUUCAUCACAACCCAUACGCCAACAUGUCUGGCUCCAAUCUACACAACGCUCUUCUCCGCCCGCCAAUCAUCCAGAUCCUGCGCGCAGCAGGCUUCCAUGCGACGCGACCGUCCGUUUUAGACACUCUCGCUGACCUUACCGCCCAAUACAUCAUGAUCCUUGCUUCAUCUACGACUGCCCAUGCUGCAAACGCUCAUCCGCAUGACCCUGUUCCGGUCCUCGAAGAUAUCUACCAAGCGCUGCAAGACGCAGGCGCGCUACGACCCCAGCUGCGAGAAUGGGAGGAGGAUUGGCAGGGAGAAGAAGAUAUGCGAGGUUUAGAAGGCUUUCUGUCGUGGUUCACUGGGCCGGCCAACCGGGAGAUUCGACGGAUUGCUGGAUUCGUGCCCAGUGAAGGCGACAUGGUUGAUGCGGACGCUCUCGAGAAAGAAGACUUUUUGACGGCAUUGAAGAAGAAACACAGCAAAACCGGCGAAGAGUCGAGAUAUGCGGGAACCGUGCUCGGCAAGAGUGCCGACGAGCAUCCUAUCAUCAUCGAGGGAGGCGCGCCCAGUCUCCAGGACUGGGGAUCACAAAUGCGGUCGCGGGCGCCGUACAUGGCUGACAGCGAUUCGUCUGGUGUCAGUAGUGCGCCGAGCAACUUGUCCGAUGGGGAAGGGAUGGAUGUAUGAUGAGACAGCAAACAGGUCGUUCGAAAAGAGACCACUUCACAAUACACUGCAACAAGGCUGUCGGUCGUCUGCAGCCCGACAAGCCAGACUCGAGACGCCUAGCUGCAUCACAACGCCUACACCGUAUCUGGCAUUGGGACAGCUGGCCGGCCCAGCUUGAUCACAAUGACCAGCAGAUCGUCCACCAGCUUGGGAGUAUCAGCAUAUCACUUGCCAUUGCUACAGACAGGUUGUCACAAUUUAGGGCCAGAGUAGGCUGGAUUUAUCAUUAUCCACCGAGUCAGAAAAC